AUGAAAUUGAGUUUGCAUCGUAAGGGAUGUUCGAAAACUGCUUACGAUGAGCGAGAAUGGUUUAUAAAUCUUUUAAAAGGUCAAUGGAAAAAAUCUUUUUGUAUUCUUGUUUCAACUGAAAAUCAACUUUGGAUGAAUUCAGUUGAGGUGACAAAAGUGACUGUGCUAAUAGCGAGAGAUUCGUGGGUGUGA